UUGAACAGAAAAAAAUCCCCUCAGCCAGGCUUCUCUACACAGACACAGCGUGAAAGAUGGCUGCUCUACUACUGUUGUUCUUAGUUAGUCUUGGAGUCCUGCUGUCUUCUGUUGAAGCUCAGGAGGCUUACAAUAAACUACCAGAAAACUACAGAAAAGGAGUGGAUUUGGCCCUACAACAACUCCGCUCUCACUCGGGAGUCCAGCACCAUUUUCUCUUCUUCAGGAGUAUCCAGAAGUCAGACAUCGAGCCUGGAUUUGAUGUGAGCUAUAUUUAUCACAAUUUCUACCUGAAAGCGACCAACUGUCUUAAGGAAACUGUUGAUUCCACACAAUGCAAGUUCCGGAACGACAGACCACUGAUUGACUGUGCAGUCUGCUACAAAACAUUUUCCGGAGAGAUUGAGAAGCAGCCAAAGCCCUAUAUUCACUGUGUACAUAAACCAGCACUUACUGAGAAUAUGAAGACACAAAGAAUAAGUCAUUGUGACAAAAUGGGGUACACCAGUGGAGCCCCUACUCUCCUGGCCUCAAAGGGAUCAGAGUGAAAUUCCUGGCUACAGAAGCAAUGUCAAUUUUUUGUCAGGAUGAAAUGUUUGUACACCGUAUAUUGGAAUGUAUUCUAUAAAAGCACUCUCACAUUAUCUGUAAUAUUAGUUAUUCUGUAUUCAAGUUAAUAAAAAAUACUGUUUCUAAUGACUUUAAACAUGCAUAGGCAUUCAGGAAGUACAGUAAAUCUACAACUGCAAUUCCUUUAAAUAGAUUUUUUGCAUGGAUAAUUAGGAAUUGGAAUAAUUUUUUGGUUUAUUUUCUGAAUUGACUGGAAUAUGGCUAGAUCAAAUCCCUGAUGUGUCAAGUUGACAAAUCAGUUCUUUCCUUGAGCAAGACAAUUAACCAUAAUCGCUCCCAUAAAUAACUAUAUGAGUGUCUGUUGAAUUGUGAACAUACACCAAAGUUCAAUAAAAUGCAUUAACAAAA